AUGGCUGCACCUGCUGGAGGUGGCGAAGUAGUAAACAUCGUCGGCGGGGGACAGUUUCCAAAAAUCACAGCUAAGUCAACAGACGACUUUGAAGUCGGUGUCACGCUCGGCACCGGUUCAUUCGGGCGAGUGAGAUUUGCGACCCACAAGGAUACAACAACCCAGUGGGCCAUCAAAAUCCUGAAGAAGAGUGAAGUGAUUCGUUUGCAGCAAGUCGAGCAUAUAAUGUCCGAGAAGACCAUCCUGGAUCAGUGCAAGCACCCGUUUAUUGUUCACCUCGCUUGCACUUUUCAAGAUAAGCGGCAUCUCUACAUGGUAUUAGAAUACGUGAUCGGCGGAGAAUUUUUUACACACCUUCGGAAUGCCGGGCGUCUUGACACUAUUUCGUCAAAGUUUUAUUCUGCACAAGUUGCACUGAUCUUCGAGUAUUUGCAUACCCACGACUUCAUCUACCGUGAUCUCAAACCCGAGAAUCUUCUGCUUGACAAGGAUGGCUACAUUAAAAUCACAGACUUUGGCUUUGCCAAGCGUGUCGUAUUCAAGACGUAUACGUUGUGUGGAACGCCCGAGUACAUUGCUCCAGAAGUGCUGCUAAACAAGGGCCAUGGGAAAGGUGUCGACUGGUGGACUCUUGGGAUUCUCAUGUAUGAAAUGAUGGUUGGACAGCCUCCCUUCGUUGAUGAUGACCCUAUGGGCAUUUAUCAGCAAAUUCUAAACGGUAAGCUCAAUUUUCCGCGCUUCAUCGAGCGGAGUGCGAAAUCUUUGAUCAAAAAGAUGCUGGUGGCCGAUCUAACGAAGCGUUAUGGCUGCCUCAAGGGCGGGGCGGCGGACAUAAAGAAACACAAAUUCUUUCAGGGUCUCAUAUUUGAUGAUAUGCUUUCGAAGCAACUUGCCGCGCCUGUGCUGCCCCUGGUGAAAGACGAAUACGAUACGUCAAACUACGAUGCUUAUCCUGACUCUGUGGAGCAGCCCCCAAUUCCUGUAUAUGCUGGUGCAGACCUAUUCGUUACGUUUUGA